AUGCCUCUAGCAAAGGAUCUCCUUCAUCCCUCUCCAGAGGAAGAAAAGAGGAAACACAAGAAAAAGCGCCCGGUGCAGAGCCCCAGUUCCUACUUUAUGGAUGUGAAGUGCCCAGGAUGCUAUAAAAUCACCACAGUCUUUAGCCCUGCACAGACGGUGGUCUUGAGUGUCGGCUGCUCCACUGUUCUCUGUCAGCCUACAGGCGGGAAAGCAAGCCUGACAGAAGGAUGCUCCUUCAGGAGGAAGCAGCACCAAAAAGCACCGGAUUCGAGAUGA